AUGGGGCAUCAAGAGAGAAUCAACAUACGAUCGCCGGCUGGUGCGGCCGCCGUCUACAAGGAUGUUGCUCAGCUUGACUCAGUCCAAGAAGAGAUACGCAUGCUUCAUCUCGAGUGCGGUUCAGGCUCGUCUCUUCCGCAGUGCACCCUCCAUCGAGUGUCUCUUCGGUCUGAUCCGCCGCCUAAAUACGAAGCGCUGAGCUACACAUGGGGUGACGAAAACGAUCGAAGAGAGAUCGCCGUCAACGGUUACAUAGUCGAUGUUACCGUCAAUCUCUAUUCAGCCCUUCGCCGGCUCAGACUGGAAAAUGAGACACGCGUUUUGUGGAUCGACGCUCUUUGCAUCAACCAGACAGACUUGGAUGAGCGCUCUCAACAGGUGCAGCUAAUGAGAAACAUAUAUACCCUGUGUGACCGAACAGUGAUAUGGGUUGGCGAGACUCCGGAAGACUUGUCGCCUACUUGGGGGAUGCAUUGGUACGGGGACGAAAAGGAUGAUAAGGCGAUGGACUGGUUCUGGGAUGAUUUCUAUCCGGAAGCAGAUCUCUCAGAGGCUGACGCAAAUGAUGUCGACUGGAUCUUUCACGCAUUCGCAAACAUUCGGCUAUUCUCUGGCGGCCAUCUUUCCGAUCAGCCACUGUUCACAGACCUGACAGGAGAUGAGUUCUCAUAUUCAAUGUCGUAUCCGGACUAUUGCUGUCAGGUUGCUGAUGCCCUCGCCCCCUUCUAUGAAAGUCCCUGGUGGACGAGAAUUUGGACUGUCCAAGAAGUUAUUCUUCCUGCAAAGGCAACAUUUCUCUAUGGCCCAAUCGCAAUCGACAUGUCCUUCCUCCUUGAUGCAUUCUCUGCCCUUACCGGCCACAUGUUUGAGCCAUGUUGUUCAGAGGUGUUUUCAAGCAGCAACUUCAGCGUCAGGAAAUGCCUGCGAAAAUUGGGAAGUGCUCUAACAAACAUCAAGAACAUAAGGACCAGUCAUGGCAACGGGGCGAGCGUUGAUCUUUGGGAGACUAUGACCACAUUCAGGGCCAGAUUUGCAACGGACAACCGGGAUAAGGUCCACGGUGUUUUAGGCCUGAUCAACUCAUGGCCGGGGCAACCCAUUAUCCCGAAUUACAGAACGACAGCUGAAGCAAUCUACUGUCAAGCUGCCAUCUCGACUGCUACUGGGACAAAGUCUCUACUGCCACUCCAUUUUCCGCUCCAGAAACAUGCCUGUCCUGGUCUGUCUUCAUGGUGCGUGGACUGGACCGCAGCCAGUGGACUUGCUGAUCAGCUCAAUGACUUCCAAUGGAGCCAACAACAAUUCAGAGUCUUUCCAACGCAUGGAAAAGACCAGUUCCACCUAACUUCCCAUGCAGAUAACCGCAUACUUGAAGUGAAAGGGCGCGGAGGCGAUAGGGUGGCCUCAGUUGGCAGAAUAUGCCAGGGAAACGAUCCAACCGAGAAGCGCAAGGCUCAUUGUGAUUGGUUCCUCCUUGCGGACCUUCAUCGCAACCCAACAAAGCCUAAUCCUGCCAGGUGUUCAAACUUUGAAGCUUUUUGGAAGUGUCUCUGCUGGGAUAUGAUUAUGCGCACGCGAGAGGCUGCCGUGGUAGAAUCUGCAAGGUCUACCGGCACCCAAAGCUACGAAGCUUUCGUGGGCUACUGCCACAGCUCACCCAAGUCCGUCUUUCAUCCUCAGGGGCUAUCUCAGGCAGAUCGAGAGGCUGUAUUGCGACUUGAUCCAAAAUUCGAGACGACGGAUGAUACGGACUGGGGCCAUUACUCUCAGCCAGACUUUCUCACGGAGCAGUUCAUCAAUGGGUUGACACAUAACACGACCAUGUUCUUGACGGACUCCGGGUACCUGGGUCUUGGGCCUCCCGAAACACAAGUGGGAGAUGAAGUCUGGUGUUUAUUUGGCGGCCAGAUGCCCUUCGUCCUUAGGCAACUGGGGGCCAAACAAGAAUUUCUCCCGGGACAAGGAGAAAGGCAACUUCAUCAAGUGUUUGGCAUUUGCUAUGUACAUGGCAUCAUGGAUGGUGAAAUUGCAAACGAUGAGAAUAUUUCUGUUAAGACUCUGUAUCUAGCUUGA